UUUUGAAACUACUAACCGGAAGUGUAAUAAGCUGUGGUUUCGGGCUGGAAAAACAAAAAAAAUGACUCCUGUCAGUUUGGAAAAAUCUCCAGCGGUCUGGAUCGCUCUGGAGCGCCUUGACAAAUCCGACGGAGUCGUGGUUCUUCGAGACAUCUCCUUUCCUUCUGCAGCUCAGGUCACCACAGUCACACAGAUUCUCACCGACACUUUUGGGCUGAACUCUCCCAACGUCGUUCUGAAGAUAAGGAAUCACCGCGGCCACCUGAUCCCUCUGAACAGCUCCAUCCCUGCUAACAGUAAACACACGCCCCAUGUGCUUGAAGUAACCAGGUUCUCUCAACACGUGCGCCCCAAACCCAGAACCGUUCCAAUGACUGUAAUCAACAAGAGCAUGAAGACCAGACUGCAGGCCAUAGACACGAGGAUCCAGAGACUCAACGACCUUCUGCCUCAGAUCAAACUUCGACACAAUGAAAAACUAAUUACGGAGAUUGAAUGUCUCAACCAGAAGCUGAUGUUUCUUUGUCAAAAAAUGCAGGUGGCUGACUCUCACAGCUGGAAAGGUGUGCUGACCAGAACCCCUCUUUGGUAAACCGGGCCCCACAUCCCUGACGACGGCUCAGUUGUGGUUUUUAAUGAGCCUUCUUCUGUUUCUCUGCAUCUUCAUCAUCAUCAUAUCAUCUUUGUCUGCCACACAAUGUAUAAACAAAGCAUAAAAAACACAAAACAACAUCUGUUGGUUGAUAAGUGAUACUUUUACAGCAAACCUUAUAGGAUUCUACUGCAGCAGCUAAUUUGUAGCACACGAUGGACCAAAUGUCACUUUUUCUUGUUUAAACUAUGAAGUUAAUAAAAAGAUGGAGAGAAACAGA